AUGAGCUUCUUGAUUUUGACACAUGACGGUAAUGAAGAUCAUCCAGCUCACAAUCUUCUACUUGAACCAUCUAAAUAUCCUUCAAUAGAGUCUGAUCUUACAUUCUUCGGAUUGGUUGGGCUGAGGGACCCCCCUCGUGCAGAGGUUUUCCAUUCCAUUAAAGAUUGCAGAGCUGCUGGGACUCGAGUUAUAGUAAUCAAAGGAGAUAACAGGAAUACUGCUGAAGCUAUAUGCCGGGACAUAGGUGCAUUCGGACAGGGACAAGAUAUCAAUUGUAAAAGCUUGACUGGGAAAGAAUUCAUAGGACUUGAAGAUAAAAGAUCCCAUCUCCGACAAAGUGGAGGCCUUUUGUUCUCUAGAGCCGAGCCAAAACAUAAACAAGAAAUUGUGAAGUUUCUCAAAGAAGACAGGUGA